AUGGACAAGGUCAAAUCGUUCUUUGGUUUACGUUCGGAACCUCCGAGAAACGACUUCAGAAACCCAAUCUGGGGUUCCGACGACGACGACGACGGAGAUGAGCUAUAUUCUAGGCAACAAUUAGACAUAUACAAAGAUCCACUAGAAUUACAUCAAGAAUUCGCUAGACAUAUGCAUGAAAUGUUCAAAUCGUUUGGUAGUAUAUUUGGUGACAUGAAAUCUUUUUUCGACGACGAACAUUUUAGUUCCUUUCCACCGAUGUCGGAAGUACCCCAGACUUUUGAUUCUGAAUCGCAAACAGAGAAUUUUGAUAGUAAUCGUAUACGUGAUUAUUAUUUGAAGCCUGGCUACCACCACAAGCAGCAUCCAAAGGAAGACGUGGACUUAGAUGGUAAAAUAUCUUCAAACGACAUAUCGGAUCUGUUUAGACAAAAACCGGAUAACCAAAUAGUGCCAUCCACACCUUUUAACGGUAACUUGGUACCAGGAAGAUCUUUUUGUCAAACUAUAAUAACAACUAGUAUUACAAAACCCGAUGGCACUGUUGAGACUAAAAGGAUUGUGAAAAAUGGCAAUGAAGUAGUUGAGGAAACAAUAACGUCGACAGAACCAAGUCAAAGAGGACCCAACCCUGGAAUUAAUCCUAUUGCUACAACUCAGAUAAUGUUGUCACAACUUUCAUCACUAUUAAGGAAUUUUUAUGAGCAUUAG